UAUCAAAACCUCACCACAAAACUUUAAAUGACGCCUAACAAUACAAAACAUUAAGUAAUGGAUAUUGAAUGGUCAUUUUGCCCAUACAAGCUAGUUACCCACAGUCUUUGGAACGAUACUGACCAGACAACCUAAAAAGAUCUUACUCAAUCCAUUUUGUCGUAUUUGAUUACAUCUAGCUGUGGUCGAGGAAGUUAAUAUUUUGUCUUUUGAAAACCGAACCAACUUCAACAAGAUACUAAUCUAAACUGAAAUUAGCUCGAGGCUCUGGCCAAAUGCAACCAUUAAAUUUACUCGUCAAAUUCCACUACUGUCAAACUACAUCAUUUUGGUCCCGUGUAGAGAGUUAUUGUCUUCGAAACGUCUUCCUAAAUGAAGAUUGUUUUAAGAAUCUCUGACAGCACAAAGGAAACUUCACGCAAUUUUACCAAUUUCUAAGACGACCAGAUGUUCGAUCGCACAGGUGUGGCUGACAAUGGAACACUAGUUGCUUGUCAAAGCUUAGAUUAAAUCUCCAUUGUUUCAUGUCAUGUCUUUUGUGUAUGGGACAGCACCGAAAACGUGGUGUUACCAAGGGUCUUAUUGAGGCGUACAUCCCACAAUUCCGCGCUUUUGUCAGCCUCAUCACAGCUGGGCUUCUGCAAACAACGGCCUUUGCUAAAACAACACUGUGUUAUGAAUAUUAAUCUUGCUGAGUUGAACUAUUCCGUUUGUUAUGAAAGCAAGCCAUUGCCACCUCUUGAUACCGAUACUGCAGUUAAUUAUCCCUUACAUGCUAGUCUCAUUCAGCUUCUGUGUGGGGAGGGAAAAAAAAAGGUCUCUCUGUACCGUUCCCGCGUACAGUUUAAUUUAUUCAAGCCGGAAUAUCCUCAUUCGCUAGCGCGUGGGCCCUUCUUAGCGUAGGAGGGAUAUUUUAGUACCCAAGCCGUCGCAUUAAUUGGCUUUGAAUGAAUGGACUUGAAUUAGCGUGAACCUCAAAAUUUUUCGCAUUCGGUCGCCGAACGUACUUUCGAGCGUUUCGGAGUGUUAGUGACUGGUGUGCCUCACCAGACUUCGUCACAUAGAACUGAAGGUGUCUGUGGUUAUUCUUAGAAAGUGCGUAGAGGAAAAUGGCCAUGUCUGUGAGUAGUCUUCUCCUGGAGAGCUUCAGUACCGACUUCGAUCCUCUUCAACCAUCGCUUUUCAAAGAUUUUGGCGAUGAUCCAGAAGAUUUGAAAUCCAAGAGUAAAGAAGCAACCGAUGACUUAUGGAAGAAUUUUUCAUUUCCGCCGACGCCACCGAUCUCUCCGGCUUGCUCGCCCCCGCACGCGGCGACCGAAGAGGCAAGAGAGCAGCCAGUUUGCUACGGCGUAGCAGAUGAGGUAUUUUCCCUGGACGAAGAAUGCUCGCUGUAUUUCCAAGCCGGUGACCUGAAGGAUAUAUUGAUUAAAGAUUGCAUGUGGAACGGCGCUGCUUUCGAUAAAAACGCGGACAGGAAGCAGCAUCGAUUGAAUUCAAAAACGGACCGUGUUCGUUUGCUGUGCCAGACACCGCCACUAAGCGAAUCUGCGGCAAGGAUUUUGAGCGUGGAUCCAUCAGAAAUCUUUCCCUUUCCACUGAGUGCAAGCCCUGGAAGCGAGCUACGAGAAAACAUCGAUGAGCAAUCGGAUUCCGAAGAAGAGGAAGUCGAAAUUGAUGUGGUUACUAUAGAAAAUUCAAGCAAACGAGAGCAGGAACCCGACGAAGUUAUUGAAACCGAAAGUAUGAAAAUUUGUACAAGAAUCGACGACCCGGCCCCAAAUGAAAGCUGUUCAGAAGUAUCGAGUUCAGAACUGCGGACGGAAGACCCAGAAGGAGACGAGAAAACUGAAUAUGUGGGCAAGAUAAGAACACGUCGGCAUAGAAAAGUGUUAUCCAGCGACGGAUUGAAUUACCGUGAAGGAAAGAAACUUGUUAAGAAUAUCAGUAGCUCUGGAGAAAGCGACGAGUCGGAGAACGACAGUGAAUUCACACGAGCGACGCAUAACGUUUUGGAGCGAAAGAGAAGGAACGAUUUGAAAAUGAAGUUUCAAAAAUUACGAGACUGCGUUCCGGAAUUGAAGGACAAUGACCGCGCACCUAAAGUCUCCAUUUUGCGGAAGUCUUGGGAGUAUAUAAGUCACAUCAAACAAGAAGAAAGUAAACUCCUAACCGAGAUGGAAAAACAAAAGAAAAUUAACGCUGUGCUUUUGAAAAAGCUACUGGCUUUGAAUCAAGCGAACUAGAGACUUUACAAUAGCGGGACGUAAUGUUUUCAUGCCAUUUUAUCGACUUCUUACCGAGACUUUUUUUAAGAACCCGACUUGUGGUGACGAUUUUUUUUUGAAAAUGUUCAUUUGAUUUUCCUAUUCCUACUGGCGCUUGAGUCGUCGAAGCGUAAAUUAUGAUGAAUGACCCAAUUUCGCUGUGCAAUAUUAGUGAGGCGGUAUUUUAUUUCAGAGAGAAUUUCAGAGGACACACUUUAGCAAAGCUGUAGUGUUCGAACUCAAACGUGUAGAACUCAGUUCGAGUUAAUCUUGAAGAUAGAAAAACUGAUUGUAAAUAGGGUUAUAAUUGUGCUGUUUCACUGCGAACAGCUUUGAAACCGGCUUUGUGCACGCUUUGACAAAAGCAAUAGAAUUUCACGAAAAAUUUCGACCAGUCUGACGUAGAUCUAGAAGACACGAUUUGAGAUAGAAAAAAACUUUUCAAAUCCAAAAUAAAAAUAAAGUCUUAACUAUACACCGUUUAUUGAAUGUUACGCUAAACAUCGGCGUAAAACGAUGGCGUUUUUGUCGAGGAAACGUCGAAACAGCGUGUUCUUUGUUUGGCUGAAACUACUAUGCCAUUCAAAACGGAGUGACACUCCUCGAAUGAAUGAGCGCCGCAUUUGCAUGUUUGACUUUACUGAGACGUAGACUAAACUGCAUAAAUUAAAGAUCCAUUAGCCUA